AUGCGAAGAGUAAACCCUUAUCAAAUCAAAACGUUUGAUAUAGACUAAACCAUUAAAAAAAAAACAAAGUAUCCAUCUAAUCAAUUGAUGAUUUGCAAGAAGAGGAUAGAUAAGGUUAAACUAUCUUUUAAUUUCACAACCUAACAGCCUCAGAAUGUAAUUGAUCCUUAAAUCAAUUAAAUCAUAGAAGAAAACCAGAAAUUAAAAUAGAUAAUUCAUUAACUGUUGUGA